CCAAUUUUUUUUGUACAGACUAACACAAGUGAAAACUUUCUCCCUCAGUAGGUCUGCUUUCCAGCUGGGCUCAGCAAGGUGCUGGAAGGAAAGGGACCCGCCAGAAUACAGACUUUUCCUUCACAGACAGGAUAUCCAAUAAGAACUGUCAUCUUCACAACAGCUGCUUAGCCUCCAACCAGUAAAGAUGAGAAUGAUAGCUUUCAAGUAGUUUUACAUCACACGGGUGGAGAAAAUCUGUUAUGGAUUAAUAUGAAACAUACUUACGCCACACCCAGCUUGACUUGGUAGUCAUAUGAUAAUUAUUUCUAGGGGCUGGGUGCCUUCUCUGUGGGAAGAGGUGAGCUGCGAGAAGUGUGGGUGGUGUUUUUUCAUUGGCCCUAAUAGAAGCAGUUUUGCCUUCCCCCUUUUUUAAGCAACAUGCCUCAUGCUGAUAGGUUAACAAGGGAUACGUGGAUGUGUGGGUGUUAUGUGACAGAGCCAGAAAUCUGCCUUGGAUAUUUUGCAUCUGGAUUGUGAGCUCCCCUUCCCCCCCUUUUUUAUUUGAAUGAUAUGGAUGCUUCAGAAAAGUGCAGCUUGGAAGUAGCACAUGGUUGACUGGGAAAUAUCAUUACCUGCUUAGUCAUUUUUUAAAAAAUUAUCACUUGGAAAGAACCAGCCGUGUUUUAACACCUUUGUCAGACAAAGCCUCUGAGAGAGUGGAAGACAAGAUCAUGGUGAAGAUAAAGGAGGCCCUUUUGUGCACAGCUUGUUUUCUGCUCCUCGUUUCAGGCCAAGACUUUGACUUGUCAGAUGCUCUAGAUCCAGUUACUAAGAAGCCUUCUCCUGCUACCAAAAAGCCACCGGUAGGGAAUCGUCCCAAACCUCUGUAUCCAACUCUUAGACCACCACCAGGAGGCCAUGGAAAUAGAGAUGAAGAUUUUGAUUUAGGAGAUGCCGUUGGAGGUAGUAAUGAUGAUCAUCUGAAACCUCAGCCAAAGCCACAUCCACCACCACACCCAGGAAGCCAUGGUAAUUCUGGAAAUUUUAAUGACUUAGAUCUUAUUGGUGGAAAACCUCUACAUCCAAAUUCCCCAGAUGGAAAUGAACACAUUUCAAGUAAUGGAGGAAAUACAGGCGAUGCUGCUAAAACAGCUCAGAUAACAUCCCCUGUUGUGUCUCUACUUGUGCUGUGUGCUGUUGGAGGACUGGUUGGCUAUAAUGCUUACAAAAAGAAGAGAUACUGUUUUAAACCAAGAAGUGAUGCAGUUGUCUAAGCUAUCAGGCAAGAAAAGGACUCCUAUGCAUUGUGUAUAUUUUGUACAAUAUGAAACGUGUCUUGGAAGCAACUCAUAUAUAAAGAUAUCCUUCUGGAUUCAAUCAUGUAUGAGCAAAUUAUGCUGUGUUGUGUAAAAAAACCCAAAGUUCUACAACUCUCCAUUAAUGGAUCAAUCUUGCUGGCUCUGAGAUGCUGAUAUAUCUUUUUUCAUGUGAUUGUCUGAACAACUGACUCUUUGGUGAUGAGACAAAAAGCCUGUUACAGCACGAAAGAAUUAUUUGGGCCGCUGAAUUUAAAGAAGGAUUGAAAUACAGUGGCUAGGAUUUCAACUAUCUUUUUGCUGGUAAAAAUAAGUGGAAGGGUCUCCUUUGAUUACCCCCAAAAGUUAAGCUGGUAAUCACAGAAUCUGUAUUGACAAAAGCCAUGUGGGACAGCAGCUAUAGUAAGGAUGAUCAUUCAGUGAGUUUGAGCAAAAAAAGCUGGCUAGAUCCAACCCAGUAUGAUUUAUAUACAUUUUUCUCUAACAUACGAAAUGCAGACAUUUCCCACCUUUCUUGUGUAUCUUUUAAAGAAAGUUUAGAUCUGUAAAGGACUUGAAUGAAUAAUAAAUUACCAUUGCCGCUGUUAGUCUAUUUGUUGUAUAUGGAAAAUAAGACUCUUGUAGUUUCUUUUAUAAAUUGCAUCCAUAUAAUUGUGCCAAAUGAAUACUUUUGUAUCAUAGGAAAGCAUUUGACUAAAUUAAUAUAUUGUCUAUUAAAAGAAAAUUGAA